CUUCAGUUGCAUGCUGACUUCACUUUUGGAUCUAUUUACCAUUUUAAAACGUGCAAACACAACUUUGAAAACCUAAGUGUAAAAAAAAUAUGAAUUCUCAUCUAAAUUUUGACUCUUGCAGUUUGAUGCGUGUACAAAUGAUACUUUAUUUUAUUUAAUUUUCAGCUGCGUUAUCGGCCAUUUCCUGCAAACGGAACAAUAGGGCCCCUGUACCAUCCUCUGUGUACAGAUUGAAUUGGCAUUUUCCCGACAUGGUAACGGAAGGGUUAACCGUGUCUCCUCCUCCUCCUCCUCCUCCUCCUCCCAUCUUCUCUGGCCAGACGGUGACGAGCUCAGGUGAUAGUUCACCGUGCAAACUCACAGUGCGGAGCAGAGCCCGGGCAUCUCGAAGCAUCACACAAAUGUGGGUGGGGUCGCUUUGAUGCGCAACCAGACAUCAGGCAAUGUGCGCUCCACAGCAAAGCCCAAAGUCCAUUUAAACUUCAGUAAGAACAAAUAGCCUGCAGGAGGACAGGGAGAGAGAGAGGUGGGGAGGGAGGCGUGUGGGCUCUGUUUUCCUUUAGUCUCAAGCAAAGAUUUUGGGAGAUCUGCUCAGCAGAGAAUUACAUAAAGCUGUAAGGAGAGAAUAACCCUGACUGGACAAAAAAAGGGCCUGUGAGGGUACAGGGUGAGGGACUGAGCGCUUGCAAGUCUUCGAGUCGUGAGUAGGACGUUUGUUUGCGCGUUUAUCCCUGAUUUAGAGGUUUUCCUGUGCGUCUAUUUCUUUUCUCCCUUCCAGUCAUUUUUCACCAUGGCAUGGCCGUGCAUCACGCGUGCUUGCUGCAUCAACCGCUUCUGGACCGAGCUGGACAAAGCGGACAUCGCGGUGCCUUUGGUUUUCACCAAAUACUCGGAUGUGGCCGACGUGCAGCAUCUCCCCCAUCACCCGCAGCCGAGACAGAAGGCCGGUACCAUUGCCAUAGAAACCCAGCCCCAUCACGGCGAGCAGGAGGCUGGGAAGGCACCGCCCGCGACGGGUGCCGCAGCGGGCAAAGAUGGCUCUACUGCGUCCGUCAUGCGCCAAGACUUCAAGGCGUGGAGAGUGCGCCCCGAGCCCAGCUGCAAGCCCAGGAACGAGUACCAGCCCUCCCCGGCCCCGUUCAAUAACGAAACUCAGUAUCAGAAGGAUUACAAACCCUGGCCCAUACCGAAAAAACACGACCACCCGUGGAUCCCCAAACCCAGCCCCACCGCCGGCGGAGGAGGCAAGCUGGAGCACGCGGCGGCUGAGGCCGAGAGCGGCGUGGAGAAGAGCGAGAUCGAGGAGAAGAUACACGAGAAAGAGUCGAAGGAGACGGUGAAGAGAAUCGCCAAGAGGGAAAAGUCUGUGGAGAGAAAAACAGGUGAGAAGACGGAGGGACAGGUUCCCGCAGAUGUGAGCGCCGAGCAGAGGAAAGGCAGAGCCGCUGCAGACGCUGUCAACAGACAGAUCAAAGAGGUUAUGUCGACUUCCAGCAGCUACAGGACUGAGUUCAAGGCAUAUAAAGAUGUGAAGCCAGUGAAGCCCAUCAAAGCUCCAUCUCAGUAUAAACCCCCAGUGGAGGAGACCAGUCUGGAGACCAGCUACAGUGCCACGUACAAGGGGGAGCAGGUGAAGGCUCACCCCACUGACAACAAGCUGCUGGAGCGCAGGAGGAUACGCAGCCUGUACAGUGAGCCAGGCAAGGAGCCUGCCAAGGACUUCUCAGAGACUGAGAGCAGCUCUGUUCUAAAUCUGCUGUAGUCAGGUGUGUUGUCUAUUUCUUCUGGAAGGCAUGGAGGCUGACCUCAAAUUGAUCAGACGCAAACAUGCAUACUGUACACCCCCCCACACACACAGUAUGCACCUGGGCCAGUAUGAGCCUCAGUCACAUUUAUCAGUUGCUGGAUGCAGUCCUCCUGGAAUUAUACAGCCACAUCGUCACUGAUUGUUCACCUCUCAGCCUGCACCACCCACUACAUUUUGUUGAGCUCAGUGGUGUCAACAGUUGACCAAAGGGUUAUGCAAGAGGGUGGAUAGAUAAAUGAAAAAACAAGUAACAGAUACGAAAAAUAGGAUUUAGUGCAUCAGUGGGGGCCGACAAGACAGAAACUUAUUAGCAUUCAAUUAGUACACAUUUCAACAGAUCUGCACUGUUUAGGGCUCUAUUUUGGUGAUGGUGUGGUGCAAAUUACACUGGGCAAAGUGGAAUUUUGUUUUCUCCAUGUCUGCCCACAAUUGGCUCAUCUUGAAUUUGACUGCAUUCCAGUGGGUGGAGAGGCACAUUAGGGUGUGUACCAGUGGCAGUGGCAAGUGGUGCAGUGUAUUUUUGGUAUCAGCCAUUGGUAACACUUGUUUGCAGAUGAUAUUCUUUUGGGUUGUGAUGUCAGAUUUCAGUAGUUGCAGCUCAGUGCGAUGCAGUCAUCCAGAGCAGUUAGUAAAUGUGUUGAAUCUAAUCUGGACUUUUCUCUGAAUCAUGAGCAGCAUAGCACUGAGCGCACUGCUUUUAAGGUUUUUGUGGUUAUGACACAAUCCCCUGCCACACCCAGUGUUAACAUAAUUCCACCUUGACUGCCUGUGGCAACAAAAUUUACUAAAAUGAGGCCAUGCUUCUGCACCACCUACUUUGUAUCACCACUCUUAUAUUUGCAGAAAUAGA